AUGAUGGCCGAGCGUCGAUGGCAGGCAGCUGCGGCAGCGAGUGGCAUCGCAGCUGUGCUGGUGCUGAUAGCUGUCGCCUAUACUACAAGGCACACCACCAGUGCUCUCCUGUCUCGCAACAGCAUCCUGGAGCGAGCUGAAGAGCGUGUUGUCCGAGACAAGGCACGAGUCGCAAGGGACAUGAACACUCUACAGCGCAUCAUGCAGCAGAAGCACAUGCCCAGAUACAGGCAGGCGCAGCUUAGAGCGGCCGCCUUCUCCAACAGGUUCCCGCAGCUCUCCGGCCGCGGCGGGCUCGCCCUGGAACACCCUGACAUGGAGUUCACCCGCACGCCCCGAGUACAGCGGCGUGAAGGAGAGCCUCCCUUCCGCUAUGGCCCCAACAAGAGGUACUGCCCUGGUGGCAACUGCGAAAACUUGGACAAUGCGAAUGUUGUCAGCGACCGCUGGCCGACUGACAUCUACAGCUCUGUCCCUUGGAUGGGCUUCGACCCGGAUGCCAGCCCGGAGAGGAAUCGCGCGAUCAACCAGAGGGAAGGCGAGUUCGCCAAGGAGCUCAGACCUGACACUUAUCAUCCUCCUGUGGAGUGGGGAAUCGGAGGUCUUGAGGGCAAGGGGACUGUGUACAAGGAGGACAGGGGAUAUGAGAACAUGAAGAAGGCAGGAAUCAGCUAUGAUGAGUGGCCAGCAGACAUCUAUAGAGGAUUUCCCUACCCGGGCUGGGACAGGACGCAGUUCGAUCAUGAGUCAAGGCAGCCCCGCAUGCCCCACCGCGAUCCUCUCAAGGUGGCCGAGGAGACUCAGCAGUCCAACGCUCCUCUGCAGAAUGCGGGCGUCAAGGUCAACAGACUGCCCACUGACACUACCGAUCGCGUCUACAACCAGGUGGAUGGCAUGCUCGAUCAGCUAGUUCCUGUUGAGGACACCCCGAGAUGGCGCGAGAAGGGCAUUGCGUCGCAGGAGAAACCCUCGCAUUUCCUCCUCAACGAUGACACGGACUUGACGGCUCCUCAACCCAAACCUGAUCAUGAUCUUGGGUUUGAAGUAGCAUGAGCAUGGAUGGGUGACCGGCCAAACGUUCACUUUUGGCAUCAUGUUGUUCUUUUAUCAACAUUUCAAUCU